AUGUCGACAUCAAUCUUACCAACUAUUCAAAAUCAACUUAACCUUUAUGGAUAUCCAAUUUGUUUAGUUUUGGGAAAUAUUGGUAAUAUAUUUAUUAUUAUUAUAUUUGGUCAACAACGUGUAAAUGCAUGUUCAACUUAUUUAAUAAGUUCAGCUAUAGCAAAUAGCUGUUAUUUAACAUUUAAUAGUUUUGUACAAAUAUUUCCUUUUUAUUAUAAUGAUGAAUCAUUACGUGCAUUUAUUUUAUGUAAAAUACGUUUUUAUAUAUCAAAUGUUCUUGGACAAAUUGCAAAAACAAUGAUUGUCUUAGCUUGUAUUGAUCGUUUUAUGUGUACUAGUAGUCGUGUUAAAUUUCGUGCAUUUAGUCAACCUAAACGAGCUAAAUGGCUUAUAUUUCUCAGUAUUAUAUUUUGGCCUAUAUUUGCUAGUCAUAUUUCAAUUAUGACAACAAUUAUUAAUAAACGAUGUGGAACAUUUGGUACAUAUUCAACAAUUUAUACAAUUUAUUCAAUAAUAUUUGUUGGUUUAAUUCCACCAAUUAUAUUAAGUAUAUUUGGUUAUUCAACUUAUUGUCAUAUGAGACAAAUUCAUCGACGUAUUCAACCAAUUGAUCCAAAUAAUCGUGAAGGAAAUAUUGCAAUUCGACGACGAGAUAGAGAAUUAUUAAUUAUUGUUAUUGCUGAAGUAUUUGUCUAUGUUAUUACAACAACACCAUAUCCAUUCAUUCUAUUAGAAAUGAUGAUUAGUUCAUAUAUAUUAUCAAAAAAAAGUGUUGAAUAUUCACAAAUUGAAAGUUUUAUAUUUACAAUUACAUUCUUAUUAUUAUUUAUUAAUAAUACUGCACCAUUUUAUACUUAUUUAAUUGCAUCAAAAUCAUUUCGUCGAGAUUUUCAACAAUUAAUAAUAAAUGGAUAUCGAAAAAUACGAAAACAACCAAUUGUUCCAACUCGUUCUGGAACACAACAUCAAACAUUUACAAAAAGAGAUACUUAUUAUUAA